AUGUCGCCGACAGCUAAAGGUAUUUGGUCCCAAGACGAGCACGAUCGCUUUCUAGAAGCUACCAAGCUCUAUCCCAAGGGACCAUGGAGGAUUAUUGCAGAUCAUGUAGGUACCCGGUCCGUGCGACAGGUGCAAACCCACGCACAGAAGUACCAGGAGAAAGUGUCCCGUCGGCUGCGCGGACUCCGCAAGACCAAGAAAAAACUCGUUCGUCCGGAACACCGUAUUGAUGAAGACACAAUGAAACUCUGCAAGCUGGUGGACUGUGCUGCGGACAAACUGGUGGCAACUUGUAGCAACUUAUCCUCCAGAACUAUGGGCGCCAAGCUGGAACUGUUGCCGAAGAAGGAUCGGUUACAGCAAGAUCUUGCUGAGACUACUGGCAGUCCGCGUGGCACUGAUAUUCCAAUGAGGACCGACGACUUUUUGCCAUUGCCGUGUGUCAAAGUCGCUGACAAGAUUGAGUUAGAUCCAGUCCACAUCCCCACCGUGAGCGAGUCACUUGACUUUCUGAUCGAGUAUCUGUCGAUACAACUCUGCAGCUGA